AUGUCGUCUCGAAAGGUUCUCCGAUCGCAAGAGAACGAUGCAACUCUCCCAACAUUGGGAUAUGCGGGGCCAACUGCAAAGUUGAAAGCCGCCCCGACUACCACCACUAUCAGUAGUCCAAACAAUGGUGGCCCGCCCACGGCUCCUCGAAGCGCCUUUAUGUGCUUUACCGAUUGCAAGAAGCUCGAGAUUAUGAAGGCAAAUGGCAUUGUGGAGGAGAGCGACGAGUUGCUCAAGUUGGUAGCAUCUGAAUGGAGAAGUCUUUCUACCAAUGACAGAGCCUACUGGGACGAGGUGGCCAGGAACGAUAAGGUUCGAUUUGUCAGAGAGAAGGCAGCGUACAAGGGACCGUGGUCAGUUCCCAAACGCCGGGCAAAGAAGCAUCCGUUGGCACCCAAGCGUCCGAUGUCUGCAUUCUUGAUGUUCUCGCAAAAGAGACGAUCCCAGGUCAAGCUCGACAACCCCGACAUGAGCAACACAGAUGUCAGUCGUCUGCUCGGGGAAAUGUGGAGAAACGCUAGCGCCAAGGAACGGGCUCCAUACGUCGAAAAGGAACAAGGACAGCGUGCUGUCUAUAAGGAGCAGAUCAAGAAGUUUCGCGAGGAUCAGGCCAAGCUGGAUGCAGCCAGCCGUACAAGCCACAAAACGGUGCAGAAGCAGAUGGCGGAAUACCCACCCCCCUUGACAGCGACGGCUGCCAGGCCCACUUAUGAAACGUUGAGCUCCUCGCUUCCUUCAGCAUUCGAAACGGCAGUCCGGAUUGGAACCGUCGAGGACGCUGCCAAUGCUGCCGAUAAGGCUGGUGGCCAGCGAGUAAUGUUCCGUCACAGCUUUGGAGCUCCUUCCUCCUCUUUCCGUUCCUCCCAUCUGUUUGAUACACAUCGGAGCGCUCCCCCGUCGCACCACGGUGCGCCUCCUUCACACCACAUCGCUCCACCUUCACACCACAGCACUGCUCCUUCGCACCACAGUGCUCCGGAGUACUACAAUUAUCCACCACCAGACCAUCGUGCGACCGCUUACCCCCCACCAGUGCAUCGACCAUUGCCCCCUCUCCGCUUUGAAGACGACGAUGAUCUGAUGUACAAUUCGGGCCAUGGCUUCUUCUCGGAUGGAUUGAACUUCAAUUUCUACAGUGGUAGCAACGGCUAUCCAUGA